CCCUCCGGUCCUUAUUUACAGCUUCAUAGAGCAGACGCUCCAACCCGGCCCAGCUGUCUCCCUGAAAUGUAGCGCAACUGGAAAUCCGACACCGCAAAUAUCCUGGACUCUAGAUGGGUUUCCUCUACCCAGUCAUGGAAGGUUCGUAAUUGGACAAUAUGUGACCGUGCAUGGAGACGUAAUUAGCCACGUGAACAUCAGCCAUGUGAUGGUCGAAGACGGUGGAGAGUACACAUGUUCUGCGGAGAACAGGGCUGGCAAAACUUCGCAUUCUGCUAGACUUAAUAUAUAUGGGAUGCCGUAUAUCCGGCUAAUCCCAAAGGUGACGGCGGUAGCAGGAGAAACACUUCAAUUGAAGUGUCCAGUGGCAGGAUAUCCGAUUGAGGAGAUCCAUUGGGAAAGAGGCGGCAGAGAACUCCCGGAUGAUUUAAGGCAAAAGGUAUUGCCCGACGGAACCUUACAAAUCAAUCCUGUGGAAAAGAAGGCGGACACCGGUGUCUACACAUGCUGGGCAAGGAAUAAGCAAGGACACAGCGCUCGAAGGAGCGGCGAAGUUACUGUUAUUGUUCCUCCUAUUAUUGAGCCCUUUUCCUUUCAAGACGGGCUAUCAGAAGGCAUGCGAACCCGUACCGUCUGCGGAGUUAGUGCCGGUGACCCGCCUCUGGUUGUAUCCUGGCUUAAGGAUGGUCAACCAUUGACACCCUCAUUGGGUGCUAACGUUUCGGCCCUUGACCCUUAUUCUAGCCUCCUCAGCAUUUCUAGCCUUGACUCGAGACACUCCGGAGACUUUACCUGUGUUGCGAGUAAUCCGGCUUCAGAGGUUAGGUACACCGCCAAGCUGCAGGUCAAAGUGCCUCCACGAUGGCUAGUCGAACCCAUGGAUGUGAACGUCGAACGAAAUCGACAUAUCGCACUUCACUGCCAAGCCCAAGGUGUUCCAACUCCAACUGUUACUUGGAAGAAAGCAACAGGAAGCAAAUCAGGGGACUACGAAGAAGUGAGGGACCACAUGUAUACAAAACUAUUGGAGAAUGGCACAUUAUUAUUGCAACAUGUAAAGGAAGAUAGGGAGGGAUUUUAUUUGUGCCAGGCGGAUAACGGCAUCGGCACGGGCAUUGGGAAAGUAAUUCAAUUGCGGGUGAACUCUUCGCCUUACUUCUCUGCUCCAUCGAGGCUGGUGUCUGUCAAGAAAGGGGACACGGCCACACUGCACUGCGACGUAAACGGCGAUAAGCCGAUCAGCGUAAUCUGGCUGCGGGGUGGCAAAACGGAGCUGAAUCCAUCCACAAAUUACAGGGUUCAUGUCAAGCAGGAUGUUACACCGGACGGUGUAGCUGCUGAACUGCAGAUCGUGAACGCGGAAGCCACAGACAGUGGUGCAUACUUCUGCCAAGCGAGCAACAUGUACGGCAGGGAUCAGCAAUUAGUUCAAUUGCUAGUUCAAGAGCCACCGCUAAGCCCUCAGCAUCUCGAGGCAGUUAUGAUAAGCAGCAGAUCGGUUAAUUUGAAGUGGCAGCACAAAUCGGGAGAUUCCAACGAAGUAUUCAAAUUCAUCGUCGAGUAUCGCGAAUUAGACCGUCCUUGGCAGCAGAUAGAUUUAAACGAUAUGCCGCUACAGUUCGCUGCUCUUAUCGAGGAUUUAAAACCGGCUACAAGGUAUACAUUCCGUGUAAUCGCUGAGGGACCAGCGGGAAAAAGUGCUCCGAGCACAGAACUUUUGCUUAGGACUGAGCCUCAGCGUCCCGCAGGACCUCCUUUAAAUCUGUCUGUGCGUCCGGUCUCUUCCACUGAACUCCUGAUAACUUGGACACCACCACUACCGGAAUUACGACACGGCGAUAUUCAGGGCUUCAAUAUUGGCUUCAGAAUUGGCACCGUAGGCUCCUACAAUUUCACAACAAUUACCGGUGACGGGGAGGAUGGUGGCGGCGAAUUAUUACUCGGAGGUCUGGCGAAAUACACUAGAUAUACCAUAGUCGCUCAAGCGUUUAAUGAAGUUGGAGCGGGUCCGCUUACUGAACCGGCAACUACUCAAACUAUGGAAGAUGUUCCAAGCCUGCCCCCGGAGGAUGUACGAUGUGCGGCUUUAACAUCGCAAUCCUUACAAGUGAGUUGGCAACCGCCUCCAACAGAGCACUGCAACGGCUUAUUGCAAGGCUACAAGCUCACAUACGAACCGGUCCUCGACGAUAAUUGGCGAGGCAACGAUGAAAUGGAAACUAGGAAAACGACCGCUCUGACAACUGUAAUCAUGGGAUUGAGAAAGUUCACAAACUAUAGUUUGCAAGUGUUGGCAUUUACGAAAGUUGGAGAUGGAGUUCUCACUGCCACUACAUACUGCCAAACAGAGGAAGAUGUGCCUGGAGCGCCUGCCGAUAUAAAGGCCGUUGUCAGCUCUCCGCAAUCGCUAUUAGUCUCAUGGCUGGCACCUAAUGAACCGAACGGCAUUAUUACAAAAUAUAACUUGUACAAGCGCAGCAUGGAUGGACGACAGGAAAUUGAUCACGCCAAACAGACUAUAUCCAGCCAGCACACGAGUUUCGAAGUCAAGGGGGUCCAGCCCCAUGUGGAAUAUCAAUUCUGGGUAACAGCAUCAACCAGGAUCGGGGAAGGCCAAAGUUCCAGAGUCGUUACGCAAGUUGCUUCUAACCGAGUUCCAGCUAGGAUUAUAUCAUUCGGAGGAAUAAUAGUAAGACCUUGGCGAGGAUCUGUCGCUCUUUCUUGCGUUUCGGUGGGAACACCCAGAAGGGAAUGGUUGAGGGGCGAACAGAUAUUGAAGGGUGGUGCCAACCACAACAUUCAACUUCUUGAUACUGGAGAGUUAAUUCUCUCUAAUCUCCAACUGGCUGAUUCUGGAAAUUACACAUGCCAGGUGGACAAUGGACAAGGGUCGGACAAAACCACAUAUAAUCUAGUUGUACAAGUCCCUCCAUCGGCUCCUUUAUUGUACGUAACUAGCGCCACAAGCAGCAGCGUCCUGCUGCAUUGGAAAACGGGGAACAACGGUGGUGCCGCCAUUAGCGGAUAUACAUUGAAUUAUCGCAAAGAGCAUGGAAAUUUGGACGAAAUCCAUUUAUCACGACACGCCAUGAGCUAUGAAUUGAAGGGACUUUUAUGCGGAACAACAUAUCAUUUAUAUUUAGUAGCCCACAAUAAAAUAGGGAGCUCCCCAGCGAGCCAUCCAUUACAGGCCAGGACACAAGGACAUCCGCCGGGCGUUCCUUCCUCAACCUCCUUUAUAUCGCCGAAUUCAACAUCUGUUGUCUUAAGGUUGCACGUGUGGCCCGACAACGGUUGCCCUAUCCUUUAUUUUGUCCUGCAGUACAGAAAAUCAUCCGAGUCGCAAUGGACAUUGGUUUCGAAUGCUUUAAAACCGCAAAGGCGCACCUCCAUCACAGGACUGACACCGGCCACACAGUACAUAGUCAAAUUAGAAGCGCACAACAUAGCAGGCUUUUCAACUGAAGAAUUCGCUUUCAUGACACUGACCAAAGAAGGCGAGGUGCCGCCGCCUGAUUUAAUGCAGCAAGGGAGUAGCGGCAAUCCGUUCUAUGCAGAUGUUAAAAUAUUACUUCCCGUAAUUAUCCUCGCCGUCUUAUUGCUGGCUUCUGGCGCUACUGCUAUAAUAUGUUUGAAACAUCGUCGAAACGAAGCUGCAAAAGAGCAACUGGAUAAUCAACAAAACGCUGAAGCUCAACGUGAAAGGUAUUACGCAACCAUCCACAAAGUUGCACUUCAAGCUGGUGAAAAGAUUCCAGAAACAUCCGAAGACAUUUCACCGUAUGCGACGUUCCAACUCUCGGAACCAAGCACCCUUCCUCAAAACACUAUGUUGCAUAGUUUCAUGUACCACGAACAUGCCAUGACUGAGGGUUGCGCAUCGCCCCCUCCAGCUUCCUCAGUUCAAAGAAACUCACCGUAUUAUAAUAUUCAAAAAUUUCCAAAGGUCCACGGCCGCCCCAGGAGAACCAACAGAAAAACGGACGUGGACAGCGACGACAGCGAAUCAGAUCCAGACCAGUUGACCUCGAGCAGGACCGAGUCUUCCAAUCACUUAGAUAUGAAACACAAACAUAAUUUUAUAUAUCACGGAGCACAAUCAAGCACUUCUUCAGACAUAUCCCCAAUGUCAGAGCAAAAGUCUCUUCCGCGUCGUGGCAGGGCGAGGUGGCUUCAGCAAAACAGAGGCUCGACCAGGCAAAUGCUUCCACAUUUGGCAGUGGCGGAGACGGCGUUUACUGACAGACCUCAGCAGCCCGAACAGAACACGCCGGACAGACCGGAAUUGAGUGAGGCCGAAUGCGACAUCGACACACUUAAAAAGCUCAAAUUAGGUUUAAGGAGUUCUUUGUGGUCCCGACCUAGUGGCUCAGGUCAAGCCUCCGACUAUUCAAUAGCAGUAUAAACUACAUUAUUAAUGUAUUUACUACACAUUUUGUUAACUGUUAUACUCUGACAAAAAAAAGAAAAGAAAUAGUUAAAAAACAGAAGGAAAACAAAUAUUAUAUAUAUGAUAUAUUUAAAAGAAAGAUUAAUUAAUUAUAGUAUCAAGUAUCGCUGGACGAAUUAUGUACAAUGUGUGAAUGGGUCAGAGUGAAUGCAAGAGAGAGUAUUCUAGCUCAAUUUAGCAAUUUAUCAUAUUCAAUUGAUAUUCAAUUGCUUGAUUUAGCCUAAGAGAUUUUAAUAAUAAUAAUGAAAUAAUAAUAAUAACUUAAUGAUAAAUCAAAAGAUAAAUCUUGGAAUAAAUUUUAUACCGAAAUGGAAAUUUAUUGUAUUUAGGCCACUUUACAUUUAUCAUUUCAUCGACGGUUACGUUCCAUUUAACAUAUGAUUUUAUACAACAAAAAUUGUCGAUUUUCGGACAUUUAAAAACGGAACAAAUAUCAUUUUUAUAUUAAUAUGACGACGAAGUGGUGGAAAAUUAAUAACAGUUGAAUAGAAUAAUUAAUUAAAUCUCCAAUAAGUCUGUGUACCAAAAAUACAAUCAAUGUCAAAAAUAAUAAAAUCAAAACAAACCCCCUAAUCCCUUAUAACUGUACCUAUUAAAAAGAAUGUAUCAUAGAUCCAU